AUGGCACCCUCUGCACAGGCGCACAAGCGGGCUCAUAGCCUGCUACUUUUUGAGAAGCUGCUCAACCUCCGAGACAGCGCCAGCCCGCUCACCCUUAUCCUCGACAGUUUGGAGCAGAGCGCAGAACCUCUUCUACAUGAGUUUAUGAGAAGGGCAAAACUGGAGCGUGCAAAAAUCGUAUUCGUCUCCUUCGCCACAAUAAAAAAGCCCGCCCUGGCCGACAUCUUCAUCAGAGCUCGCGGCAAGUCCCUGAAGACACUCGCAGCAGAAAUCACCUCACACGUCGCCCCUCCCAAGCCCAGCACCACCAAGGACGCAAAACCGGUAAUCCAAAAAUCCCUAAUCCUCCUCGACACCCUCAACCCCGCCUCCUCCCAAACCCCCUCCCACCUCCCCGCCUUCUUCGCCGCCGCCAUCCCCCCAACCGCCUCCCUCGUCGCCGUCUACCACACCGACGUCCCCGCCCUCCCCCCUCCCCUUCCCAACCACCACCUUCCCAACCACCACCUUCCCAACCACCACCUUCCCAACCACCACCACCAGUACCACUACCACCAGCAAUACCAGUACCAACCCGACCCCCUAACCCUGCUAACCCACCUCGCAACGACCAUCUUCCGCGUCUCGGGGCUAGGCCAGGCCGUCGCGGCGCGCCGGGCGCGCGAGCGCAGCCUGGCCGCGCCGGAGUGGGGGCUGCGCGAGGGGCGUGAGGGGGUGUUGGUUGGGUUGUUGCGGGAUGGGGAUGGGAAUGGGAAUGGGGUUGGUGUUGGUGUUGGGUUUGGGGAUAUGGACGGGGGCGUCGUGGUGGAGAUGGAGAUGCGGCGGCGGAGUGGGCGGGCCGUGGCGGAGACGUUCGUUCUUAGUGCGGGUCGUGCUGGUGGUGGUGGUGGGGGGGUGGUGGUGAUGGUCAUGGGGGAUCAUCCUGCGUUUAGGUCUGCUGUGGGCGAGGAGGGGGAAGGUGGGGAGGAGGAGAUGGAGGCGUCGUUUAACCUUGGGUUGACAGAGAAGCAGAGGCGGGAUCGGGAGGGCGUGGUGUUGCCGUACUUUGAUGCGCAGACUGAGGUUGGUGGUGGGGAGGGUGGGAGGAUUCUGUAUGACAUGGGGAGGGAGGAUGAUUUUGAUGAGGAGGAGGAUGAGAUUUAGGGGGUGUCCAAGGUGGUGAAAGCUGGAUUAUUGAUUUGGGCAAUGGAUGGGGCGCAUAACUAUCGCGCCUAGGUUGAGAAUCACCGACUCGAGAAGCGCUCGGAGCACCCCACAGCUAUCCUGCUACUGCGGUUGAUUUGGAUAACCUGGGUAUCAAUGCUGACAAUAUACACCCCUCCCCACCUCUGCCGGAUCCC